GUCCCCCUUCCCCCGCGUGCCCCGAUCUGACCCUCGUCCCCUCCUCUCCCCGCCCCACUGGCGGCGGUGGCGGCGGCUGCUGUUGUCACCCACCAGGCCGCCUGUCCCGCUUGCCCUCACCGCCGCGGGACUGGCCAGGCCGGGGACAGGCGGCCACCUUCUCAUCACCGCCGCCACCACCGCCAUGCUGGCCGUUCGCCCACCGCACUGGGGGCCCCAUCGCUCCCCAGCCCCCCGUGGGCCCAGCGCCAGCCCUGACCCGGGUCUCAGCGGCGGUGGCAGCCGAGGUGCAGGAUGCGAGAAGGCGCCCCCCGGCCGGGCUCCCGCUCCAGGCCUCACACCCCUGCGGCCCUCUGAGCCCACCAUGGCCGUCCCACCAGGCCAUGGUCCCUUCUCUGGCUUUCCGGGGCCCCAGGAACACACACAGGUAUUGCCUGAUGUGCGGCUACUGCCUCGGAGACUACCCCUGGCCUUCCGGGACGCAGCCUCAGCCCCGCUGCGCAAGCUCUCAGUGGACCUCAUCAAGACCUACAAGCACAUCAAUGAGGUAUACUAUGCGAAGAAGAAGCGGCGGGCCCAACAGGCGCCACCCCAGGACUCGAGCACUAAAAAGGAGAAGAAGGUCCUGAACCACGGUUACGACGACGACAACCACGACUACAUUGUGCGCAGUGGCGAGCGCUGGCUAGAGCGCUAUGAGAUUGACUCUCUUAUUGGCAAAGGCUCCUUUGGCCAGGUGGUGAAAGCCUAUGACCACCAGACCCAGGAGCUGGUGGCCAUCAAGAUCAUCAAGAACAAAAAGGCCUUCCUGAACCAGGCACAGAUUGAGCUGCGGCUGCUGGAGCUGAUGAACCAGCAUGACACAGAGAUGAAGUACUACAUAGUGCACCUGAAGCGGCACUUCAUGUUCCGGAAUCAUCUGUGCCUGGUGUUUGAGCUGCUGUCCUACAACCUGUACGACCUCCUGCGCAACACACACUUCCGAGGUGUCUCACUGAACCUGACUCGGAAGCUGGCGCAGCAGCUCUGCACAGCGCUGCUCUUUCUGGCCACGCCUGAGCUCAGCAUCAUCCACUGCGACCUCAAGCCUGAGAACAUCCUGCUCUGCAAUCCUAAGCGCAGUGCCAUCAAGAUCGUGGACUUUGGCAGCUCCUGCCAGCUUGGCCAGCGGAUCUACCAGUAUAUCCAGAGCCGCUUCUACCGCUCACCCGAGGUGCUCCUGGGCACACCCUAUGACCUGGCCAUCGACAUGUGGUCCCUGGGCUGCAUCCUUGUGGAGAUGCACACCGGAGAGCCCCUCUUCAGCGGCUCCAAUGAGGUGGACCAGAUGAGCAGAAUUGUCGAGGUGCUGGGCAUCCCGCCUGCGCCCAUGCUGGAACAGGCACCCAAGGCUCGCAAGUACUUUGAGCGGCUGCCUGGGGGUGGCUGGACCCUACGAAGGACAAAGGAACUCAGGAAGGAUUACCAGGGCCCCGGGACACGGCGGCUGCAGGAGGUGCUGGGCGUGCAGACGGGCGGGCCCGGGGGCCGGCGGGCGGGGGAGCCGGGCCACAGCCCCGCCGACUACCUCCGCUUCCAGGACCUGGUGCUGCGCAUGCUGGAAUAUGAGCCCGCCGCCCGCAUCAGCCCGCUGGGCGCUCUGCAGCACGGCUUCUUCCGCCGCACGGCCGACGAGGCCACCAACACGGGCCCGGCGGGCAGCAGUGCCUCCACCUCGCCGGCGGGCCUCGACACCUGCCCCUCCUCUAGCACCGCCAGUUCCAUCUCCAGCUCUGGAGGCUCCAGUGGCUCCUCCAGUGACAACAGGGCCUACCGCUACCGAUAUUGUGGGGGGCCUGGGCCCCCCAUCACCGACUGUGAGAUGAACAGCCCCCAGGUUAUACCCUCCCAGCCUCUGCGCCCCUGGGCAGGGGGUGAUGUGCCCCACAAGACACAUCCAGCCCCUACCUCUGCCUCGACAUUGCCAGGGACUGGGGCCCAGUUACCCCCCCAACCCCGAUGCCUUGGACGUCCCCCAUCACCAACAUCACCACCACCCCCGGAGCUGAUGGAUGUGAGCCUGGCAGGCAGCCCUCCAGAAUGCUCUCCACCUCAUCCAGCACCUGCCCCCCAGCACCCGGCUGCCUCAGCCCUCCGGACUCGGAUGACGGGAGGUCGACCACCUCUCCCACCCCCUGAUGACCCUGCCACUCUGGGGCCUCGCCUGGGCCUCCAUGGCGUACCCCAGAGCACAGCAGCCAGCUCAUGACCCUGCCCCCUCCCUGGGGCCCCUCCUGAAGCCAUACCCCCCCCCCAUCUGGGGGCCCUGGGCUCCCAUCCUCAUCUCUCCCCUUGACUGGACUUGCUGCUACCCAGCUGGGGUGGGUGAGGCCUGCACUGAUUGGGGCCCAGGGCAGGGGGUCAAGGGAGAGGGGUUUUGGCCGCACCCUCCCCACUAAGACUGGACCCUUGGCCCCCUCUCCCCCCUUGUUUUCUAUUUAUUGUACCAAAGACAGUGGUGGUCCGGUAGAGGGGAGAUUGCCCCUCACCCUAGGGCCCUAGGAGGGGGUGGGGGCAGGUAGGGGGAGAUGGCCUUGCUCCUCCUUGCUGUACCCCCCAGUAAAGAGCUUUCUCACAUGCCUGCCUGAGCGUUUGCAGGGCCUUGGCUCCCUCUCCUGACCCUCAGAGGCAUGGUGGGGAAGGUUGUGUGGGAAAGGGUGCCUUGUGGCGUGGGUAUAUCCCUCCUGGGGACAUCAUACUUGGUGCAGGCACGGGGCAGCGGGAAGUUGGUGGGCUGUAGAACCAUAGACACAUCCUGAACACAACGAUCCUGGCCCACAUUUGCCUUUUCCAGUAUAAAAGGCCCCUUUAUGGCCUAUUGCUGGAAAUAAUAAUGUCCUGCACUCGUCUGUCAGGGCUCUCAUAGAGUCCACCAAGGAGUGGCUUUUUGUGUCAGGCAGACACCCAGUAGGCUCUGGGUAUACUCCACGGGCCUUCCUUGGUACUAUCCAGACAGGCCAUGGGGACAGAUUUUACCCCACCUGUGUCCAGCCCAUUCUGGAGUCAUUGCAGAAUAUUGAGAUUCUCGGGCAAAAAGACGCUCCCUGACUUUCAGGUAAGUGAUUUUUGUUUCAUGGCAAUUUGGAACCAGCUGUCUCCCAGUCAGUCUUGGAAGAACCACCUGGUUCAAACUGUUAAGCACUCACAAUGGGCGGGCGCGGUGACUCCUGGGAGAUGGAGUUCUGCUAGGCUAGCUCUUUGCUCACUUUUCUUGGGGAACUACAAAGCCCAGAAGUCUCUGCGCACGUGGCUGGGGCCUGGUGUUCGCUGAGCUUU